AUGGCUAGUUUCAUGUCCAGCUUCUUUCCUGGCAAAGGAACCGCCACUGUAGGUGAAAACAGCAACUCACGACCAGCGACGCCCGCAGCGCCUGCCACGCCCGCUACGCCCUCAGCCAGAACGGACAACUUCCUCAACCCCAUGAGCACCCCUCAAGGCAGCCCAAGCAAGAAGACCAAUCCUCCUGGCGCACACGAUCUUCCUUCCGCCUUCGAAAAUGCCUUGACUCUCAACCCUCCCACUAUCGAGCCACCUCUGAGGUUGGGUCGUCCUCAGAGUGUUGUGACCCCGCUAUCGCCUAACAAGACCAAGACCCAACCUCUUGACGAGUCCAGUGCCAACGUUGAUGAAAGUGUCGUUCACAAGGCGCGAACAGGAAGUCCCAAGAAGCAGGGACAGGAAAAUACACCGCCUCCCUCUCGAUUGGGUGCCGCCGAUACUCCUCUCCAGCACAGUCAUGCUGCCGUUUCACGUCAGCAGCUCUAUGAGCACAGAGACCGACCUACCACACCUGCGACCAAGAGAUUCAACACAGCGCGAGGCCUGACAGCAGAAGAGCGCGAAAUUCUCCAAAAGCCCAAUGUUAAGCGAAUGGUUAAUGUAACACAGCUUUAUUUCCUCGACUAUUACUUCGAUCUUCUUACAUAUGUUGGCUCUCGACAAAACCGACUAACAGCCUUCAAAAAUGAAUACCCUCCACCUCCAGAGACCGAUGAGCAGACGCACAAUCAAAUGUGGUCCAAGUAUGCCGGACGAGAACGUGCCAACCUCCGCAAGCGUCGAGUACGACUUCGACAUGGCGACUUCCAAAUCCUCACGCAAGUUGGUCAAGGUGGCUAUGGUCAGGUUUUCUUGGCUCAAAAGAAAGACACUCGCGAAGUCUGCGCUCUCAAGGUCAUGAGUAAGAAGUUGUUAUUCAAGCUUGAUGAGGUCCGUCAUGUUUUGACCGAGAGAGAUAUCCUUACCACCGCCCAGAGUGACUGGCUCGUUAGGCUCCUUUACUCCUUCCAGGAUGAAAAGAGUAUUUAUCUUGCCAUGGAAUACGUGCCUGGUGGUGACUUCCGCACCUUGCUUAACAACACAGGUGUGCUGUCUAACCGCCAUGCCCGUUUCUACAUCGCGGAGAUGUUUUGCUCCGUUGACGCCCUGCACCAGCUGGGCUACAUUCACCGAGAUCUAAAGCCGGAGAACUUCCUUGUCGAUUCGACCGGUCAUAUCAAGCUGACUGAUUUCGGCCUUGCAGCCGGUGUCCUUGCCCCGUCCAAGAUUGAAUCAAUGCGAGUCAAGCUAGAAAAGGCGUCCGAAAGUUCAGUUCCCUUCGGCAAACCCAUGGAUCAGCGAACUGUGGCCGAACGCCGAGAGAGCUACCGGACCAUGCGCGAUAACGAUGUCAAUUAUGCGAAGUCUAUUGUGGGAUCACCCGACUAUAUGGCCCCAGAGGUCCUUAGAGGGGAAGAAUAUGACUUCACAGUGGACUACUGGAGUUUGGGCUGCAUGCUGUUUGAAGCCCUGACCGGAUUCCCUCCCUUUGCAGGUGCCACACCUGACGAGACGUGGCGCAAUCUAAAGCACUGGAAGGAGGUGCUGAAGAGGCCUGUCUGGGAGGAUCCUAACUAUUUCUUGAGCAACCGAACUUGGAACUUUAUCUGCACAUGCAUCAAUUCCCGCUCAAGACGAUUCUCCAAUAUCAAGGAUAUUUAUGCUCACCAAUACUUUGCCGAAGUUGAAUGGGAAAUCCUUCGACAAACCCGUGCGCCAUUUGUUCCCGAGCUGGACUCGGAAACUGAUGCUGGUUACUUCGAUGACUUCACCAAUGAAGCCGAUAUGGCCAAGUACAAGGAGGUUCACGACAAGCAACAAGCUCUGGAAACUAUGGCUGAACGUGAGGAUCCAAUGAGCAAGAGCCUUUUUGUCGGCUUUACGUUCAGACAUCGCAAACCGGCCACAGAGGACGGCGGAAGCCCCCGAAAGCGCAUUCCCACUGAUGAGACAUUCGGGACGAUGUUCUAG